CCAUCACAGACAGCACGAGAUAAAUAUAAAGCUUUACCCCGUUUUAUAGUGUUAUGGUAUACAGUGCUGGGUUUAAACAGAGAUAAACGACACUAGAAACUCAGUGAGCCUGUUAGUGCACACGGGGCUGUGCUGACUGUCUCUGGAGGGCGGCUAAACCUUGAGACACCGGCACUCCGCCGCGCACUCCGGUGCCACAAAACGAACGCCUACCUCACCACGGUUUAAGGAAGUCGGUCAGGUUGUGUUGUAUUGUUGCCACGGAACUCGUGCAGUGGGCUUUAAAUAUUUUUAACCUAAUUUGUUGCCUUCAGAGCACAGUUGUAGUUUUAAUCGUAAUAUUUGCCCGUUAGCUAGCCGCACACCAAGAUGCCACCUAAAAAGCGAAACUCUGCGACGACACAGAGCAAAGACGUGAAGAGUGCUGAGAGUGUCUCUGCAGACAAGAAGGAGAGUCCAGAGUUAUCUCUUAAAAAACACAGAGACAAGGAUGCUGAGUUUGUGACCCUGUGUAAGAGCCUUCACGUGACAGACCUGGUGUGUGACCGUGCCUGGACGUUGUGGAAGACUGUUCAAGAGUCCAUGGAUGAAAUCGCUGACAGUCAGAAAAGGGUGUGGGGGGCUUGUCUGUUUGUGUCAGCGACAGACAUUGAUGUCCCCUGUUUCACCUUAACUCAGCUUCAGAAUGCAGUCAGUCUGAAUGUGAAGCAGUUUGUGGCACUGGUGAGGAAGUUGGAUGUGAACCUGGAUACCGUAAGCACCAAGGUGAAUUCAGCACUGGCACGAUUGGAGAAGAAGUAUGAUGUGACGCUGGCGCUCUACCAGCGGUUUGAGAAAACGUGCAAGAAAAUCUUUGCUUUGGUUUCUGAUGACCGGGAGAGGGAGGCCAUGCGGAGCUGCUGGACAAUGUUUCUUUUGGCCAAAGGAAGGGCCUUGCAGAUGGAGGAUGACCUGGUCAUAUCAUUCCAGUUGCUGCUUUGUACGCUGGAGUUAUUCAUCAAGCGCUGCCCUCCUGACCUUCUGCAGCCUCUUUACAAAUCAGCUAUCAGCAAAGUUCAGAGUCCUCCGACACGAACAUCUCGCCGCAACCAGAGCAAAGCCAAAUCCCGGCCUCCAGAGCCAGAGAUGGAUUUGCAGCUUCUCACAACUUUGUGCAAAGAGAAUGAAUGCAAUGCAGAGGAGGUGAAGAAUGUAUACCAGACCAGUUUCUCGGCUUUCCUGGACUCACUAGAUCUUUCAAGAACUCCAGAUUUUCCUCAGGCAGAUGACCUCAACCAACAGUAUGAAGAGCACUACCUCAAGAGCAGAGACUUUGAUGGGCGUCUAUUUUUUGACGGACACGAGACUGUUCUUGUACCUAAAGUCGAAAUAUCCCAGGUGGAGAGAACGCCAAAAAAGAACCAGCAUGAUGAGGAUAUGGUACUCAUCCCUCCCCAGACUCCAGUCAGAGCUGCCAUGACGUCCAUUCAGCAGCUGAGGGGUGAUCUCACCUCCAGUGGGGAUCAGCCAUCUACUAACCUAGCUACCUAUUUCAAAAAUUGCACCGUGGACCCGACGCAGGAUGUGCUGAAGCGUUUGGAGACACUGGGACAGGCUUUCAGCCAAAGGUUUGGACAGGCGGUCGGUCCACGCUGUGUAGUACUUGGUUGGCAGAGAUUUAAACUCGGGGUCAGACUGUAUUACAAAGUCAUGGAGGCAAUGCUGAAAUCGGAGGAGAAACGUCUCUCUGUACAAAAUUUCAGUAAACUUCUCAAUGACUCCACAUUCCACACAUCACUGCUCGCCUGUGCUUUGGAGGUGGUGAUGGCAACAUAUGGAGAGAGCAGUUUUAAGACUGGAGGAUACAACCAUGUUGGUGGUGGUGCUGGCGACCCGGUGGAAACAGAUGUGUGUUUCCCCUGGAUACUGGAUGUGGUCAACCUCGCCGCCUUUGACUUCUACAAGGUCAUCGAGAGCUUCAUAAAGGCCGAGCCCACUCUGAGCAAAGAUAUCGUCAAACAUCUGGAGACCUGUGAGAACCUGAUCAUGGAGAGGAUUGCCUGGAGGACGGGCUCACCGCUCUUUGAGCUGCUGAAGCAGGAGCACGAGGGCGAGGCAGCAGAGCAGGUGGAGACUCCAGCCAAUUUUAGCCAACCGCUGCAGCACAACCACACCGCAGCUGACCUAUACCUGUCCCCCAUGCGUCCGGGCCUUCGUAUCUUGCCUCCUGAGUCCCCAGCCACGCCCAGCUCUCAAGCUUCCUCGCAGCCUCUGACCCAGCCUGCCGGCCAGACCCCACGACUCCCAAAGUCCAACUCUCUCAGCCUCUUCUAUAAAAAAUUGUACCGCCUGGCCUACACGAGGCUGAAGAUACUCUGCUCCUACCUGCUGUCCUCCCACCCUGAACUGGAGCCCAUCAUUUGGACCCUGUUCCAGCACACUCUGCAGCACGAGCACGAGCUGAUGCGAGACCGUCACCUCGACCAGUUGAUGAUGUCAGCCAUGUAUGCCAUAUGUAAAGUGAAGAGUGUUGAUCUGCGCUUCAAGACCAUCGUCACAGCGUACAAGAACAUGGCCAACACCAACCAGGAGACCUUUAAGCACGUGUUGAUCUCUGAGGGCCACUAUGACUCCAUCAUCGUCUUCUACAACCAAGUGUUCAUGCAGAAGCUGAAAACCAACAUCCUGCAGUACGCGUCUACCAGGCCACCCACCCUCUCUCCAAUCCCACAAAUACCACGCAGCCCCUACAAGUUCCCCAACUCACCUCUGCGGGUGCCUGGCAGCAACAACGUGUACAUCUCCCCUAUGAAAAGCCCACGCAUGUCCCCGGGUAUCAUGACUCCUCGCUCCAGAAUGCUGGUAUCAAUCGGUGAAUCUUUUGGGCUGUCCAAUCGGUUCCAGAAGAUCAACCAGAUGGUCAACAGCAGCGAUCGCUCCUUUAAGAGGACUUUGGAUCUGGGCUCCACUCCAAAGCCUCUGAAGAGGUUACGCUUCGAUGUGGACGGGCAAGAUGAGGCCGACGGCAGCAAAUCUGGAGGAGAUUCUACACUGAUACAGAAGCUUGCAGAGAUGAGCUCCACCCGGAGUCGUAUGCAGGAGCAGAAGAUGAAGGAGGACGCAGAAUCAAGGAAGGAGUAACUCUAAAACCUACUGACUUACCUGCACUGUUUAUCACAACGUGAACACUACUUCCUUGUUCACACACAAAGCGAGACAUUAGUUUCUCUGUACAGUACAGUAGUAUUGGAUUUUAGUUUGUAUUUAACUGUCUCUGAGGAGUAAUAUGUAAAUAUGGAGGACUUUCUCCUCUGUUUUUUGUUGAUGCUUUAACUGACUGUUUUAACGGAGUAAUGAUUGACAUCACUGAAUUUAAUUUGAAUUUUGACAUUUUGGAAAUUUAGUAUGUUUGGUUUUAGGAGUGGUGUUAAUUUGUGGGUAUCAGAGAAAUCAUUGUUUCCACUCAUAGAUGUUCUCAGUUUUCAAGAGCGCUGUCAAGAUCCAUUUCUGGUUUUCUUGUUCAAUAAUUGGUUGAGUCUUACCACCAUCAGGACCUUCAUAUGCUGACCUUUUUCUUUUUGAGAGAGUCUCUCCAAAUUCUGACAUUUCAUAUGUUUAAAUCAUGAUGCGUCAUUUCAGGUGUUAAAUCAUGAUCACUCUCCUCGAAAAGGAUCAAAUGUCAGUUUCAGAUGGAAAUCAUUAUGUCUUCACUUGCCAUCAAGUGAAACAAAAUAAAAUAUCAAUUAAAAUUAUACAGUAUAUAAUUUGCGCUCAACCCAAAUUAAGGUAGUUUCAUAAUCUCUUUUUGUAUAGUUUUAUAGUAACUUUUGUUUUACUUUUGGGUGGUAAAAAUAAACACCAUGCAUUGAAUGGAAAUUCCUCCUAAUGUGUUUUACUAGAGGACUGUUUGUCAUGUCACAUUUUACACAUAAGUUGAUUAAUUUUAAUUUUUGUAAUUGGGAGUUGGAGGAUUUUGAGAAAUUGGGGGAUAGAAUUAGAGCAAUGAAUGCACACCUCAUAGAGCAUUAAUAUGUGGACUUCACUCCAGUAUACCAAGGUAAAAUAUCGCUUAAGAUGUCAGAUACCAGAGUUUUUAAAUUAAGAUGUGUUUAUAUUGUACUUUAUUGAAGUAGUUCCUUUAAAAUGUAGUAAAUAUUUCUUUUGAAAAUAAGAUUUUGUUCUUGCAUUUGUUUGUAAAGAUGUCACCACAUUGAGCUAUUGUCUUCUCCGCAAUGCCAGUAUGUAGUGAUGAACCAGCUGUUAGACUGAAGAGCAUCAUGAUGUCCAGUUAUGCUGUUUUUUGCUUUUAGAGAGAACUGAUCUGUUUUUUUAAUUUCUUCUUCUGCUCUCAGGAUUUGUUUUAGUUUGUGUUUUCUCCUGACACAAUUUAUGGAGAGUUGUUCUUAUGAAGAAAAUAUCAUGUGAGUGUUGCUUACGAAAACAAAACACGAUAAAACUUAGUUCUUCU